AUGGCAACCUAUCUGCUACCAAAUCUCGCAAGAGUCUCGGCGCUUGCAUCUAAAGAUUGUUUCGAGGCUGUAGCAAAUGAGUUCGACGAAAAUGGUAUCGAGAGAAUGUUCGGUCACGCCCCACUUCACUUCAGUCAUAGCUCGACCAAGUUAGUGACAAAUGAUGUCAGCAAACCUAUCUGGAAAACGUCGUCAUGGUACCUGUUUCCUAAUGACAAAAUCUUCAAAGGCAUCGAUGCCAAGGAUGAGAAAUCAGGUUUUAAGUGCACACUCAUACCAUACAAGCCACCCCCUGCUAAACCUGCACCGGUUACUGGCAAUGCUCUGAAACCAACCUCUGCUGUUGUAAAGUCUGACUCCACUGCUGUAUCGGUGAAUGCAUCAGGUAGCAACCCUGUGGUCGACAAGAUAUUUAAAUCAUCAGAAUUUGAAGAUGCACUUUCAAUGUGCUUUAAAUUGAUAGAUCCAACAAAUUGUUCAUCAUCUCAAACAGAUUUAAGUGUUGUAAAGACAGCGGUAUUAUCAUUGGUGGAUCUAUCGAUUUCACAAUAUUCAAGUUCAACACUUCGCAUCAAUAUAUUCUCAAAGCUGCUAGAGAUCAUACAGUCACCGCUCAUCUAUAGAAAGCCUGUGAUACGUGCGGCUAUAAGUGCACUUGGUUCGAUAGUGUGCCAUGAAGAGUCACUCGUAAACCAGACAAUUACAUUCCUCGCCAAGAUUCUCGAGUUCAAGGGUGAGAGUUUACAAUACCUAAAGAGAGUGUGCAUCGGUGCUCUCGGUAGAAUCGGUCGACGUUAUCCUAUCUACCAAAACAUCCUACUGAUAUCGCUCUUUGAGAAGUACUUUGACAACAACGUAUCGAGUCAAGACGUUCUAUGCGCAAUCCUAGUGGCAUUCGGCAGAUUCUCACAAACCAACUCACAACUUCGUUCCAUGUCGAUGUGUAGAUGGCUCGAAGCAAUCGAUAACCAACAUCAUCUCUUUAAAGCAGCCGGUAUACAAGCAUUAGGAUAUGCAUCAUGUCCAACAGCAAAUGUUGUAAAUGAUAAAGAAAUAGAAGCAAUAUGUUAUAGUAAAGCAAUUGGUUUGUUACAGUAUCACAAGAUGGAUGAUUAUAAAGGUGAUGAAGAUAAUGAUCCUUGGAAACGUGAAGAGGUUUGUUUGGUGCAGGUCGCUGCUGCUAAAGCUCUGGGAUUGUUGGUACGUUCGUGCCCAAGCGAUUGGUUCCCAAAGUUGGCAAAGAUCUUCAAGGCUAUACUCUCGUCACCUCGUUAUCAGGGCGUUGUGAAAGCAUCGGUUCUUCACACCUACGGACAAAUCACCUACUAUCUCAAUGCAUUGAGUUCACCAUUCUUCAAUCCACUCAAAGUAUUACUCUUUGAAUUGUCUGCCGAUGACAAUACAACUGUUUCCGCACCUUCUUGUUAUGCACUUUCAAAGUUUGGAUUAUCACAUGAAGCCAACUAUUUAGAAGUUAAAACUAUUUUAAAAUUAAAAAUGUCGAAUCUACAUCAAGCUAAAUCAGAGACUUUGGUUAAUUAUUUAAAGACUUGGUGCAAGAUAAUAUCAAAGACAUAUAGACCGAUUUUAAAUCAAUGUAGUACUAUUAUCAGCCCGUUGUAUAGUGAUCUAUAUGAUCCAGACUCUGACUUGGCCAACAGUCUAUCGCUACUAAAAGAUAAGAACAAGGUUCACAAUAUCAAUAGACAACCACAACAGAAACUACAGGACAACAUGGCAUUGCUAGACACUGCUUUCACCAACUUCCAGCAUCUGGUGAUCUUGGUUCAAUGCUUCAGUCCUACCGUAGUACAAGCGAUACUCUCACUUAUCAAGAAACCAUCACUCAUCGAUCAGACUGGUUUCAGAAAGGCGCUACGUGAUAAGAUCUUGAUUCAACGAUCGAAAGGAUUCAUGAGAAAUGGUGAGGAAACCUAUGAGAAUGCACUAAAGGAACUGAGCAGUGAUGUUACCAAGCGAAAGUCAUUCAUCCAAUACUUAAAGACACCGGAACUACUAAACGAUCCAGUGAAGCAGCAUCCAAAUCAAGCCGCUGCUUCUGCAGUACCGCUGACAAACAUCACAUUGCUUCCGCCUUCAUCGCCACAGAAAUCACUACUACUCAAACCACAUGCUUCUAUUCUGAGAGCAAAACCACCUGCUUCAAAGCCUGCAACUACCUCUUCUUCAACUACCACUGCAACUGGCUCUACUCCAACACCUUUGGCUGCCUCUUCGAUAUUUGGUAAACCACUUGCAUUGAUUCAACAAACACCACAACAACAACAACAAUCAAUAGCUAAUGCCACACAACAAUCAUCAAACUCAACAACACAUGCUGCAACCUCUAGAAUAUUCUGGCCUGAACAAGAAUAUCUUUCAAGUCAUCAAUUGGUAGAUACACAACAACAACAAUCUAUAUCAGCAAAGAUAUCACCUGAUAGUUUUGUCUUUGAGAUUGAAGAUGAACCAACUACCACCAAACCAUUAACUACAGCUCAAUCAACAACAUCACCUGUUACUAAUUCAAAUGGAAUGACAUCAUUAUUUAGUCCACUUCAACCAAUAUCAGAGGAUACAAUAUCUCUAUCAAAUUCGACACCAUCACCUCCUAUAGCCAAGAUAUCACCUACAAUGAUGUCUACGAAACCACCACAAGCAAACGCUUCAACACCUCCAUUACAAACAGUUUCACCUCAACCAACUUCUCAAAUUUUAUUCCCAAGUAUGAAAGCUGUAGAGGAAAGAGUACAACAACAAUCAACUGCUACAACCAAUCUAUUUGCUCCGUUACAGUUGAUCGGCAACGCUGAAUCAUCUGUAAAUAUCUUUGAUGAUCAUCAACUGACGGUUGGAGAUGAGAGUGCCGGUGAAGAAGGUAAAGAGUUGGAAACCUCAUCUUCACCAUUUGUACAGAGUAGCGACACUGACGAUGGGCUGGUGAUUAGUGAUGACGACAACGAUGAUGACGACGACGACGACGACGAUGAACUGGAAAUCGACGAAGAAGACAAAGAAAUUGGUGAUGAAGAAGUGAGUGGCGAUGACUCUAACCAACAAGCGACAACCGGCAGGAAGCGUGCAUUCUCGUUGAUUGAUCAACUGGAAACAGAAGCGGAAAAAGAUGCAGAGGAAAUCAAACAACAGCUGCUACAACAACAAGAUUCGACCACAGCAGAUUCUGGAGAAGCAAAGACCGAUCCUGAUAAACCAGUUAAACUUUCAAGAAAACAACGUAAACUACUAAAGAAUGCCAAGAAACAAAAGAAGAACCAAGAGAAGUUGGCCAAGAGAAAGAUUGCAUUUGCAUACAAACAAGAGAAACAACAACUUAAACAAAAAGAGAAACAGCUACAACAACAACAACAGCCACUUAAGAAACAAAAGAAAGGAGGACAACAAUCAGCCAACAACAAUGAACCAUCGAAUUUAUAUGUCGGUAUUAAUUUUAGCGAAAAGAAACAACAACCACAAGUACUAUGUCAAUUCUAUAAACUUGGAAUGUGUAACAAGGGUGAUGAAUGUACAUUCAAACAUGAAGGACCUGUUCCAGAAAAGAAGAUUGAACUCUGCAAGUUCUUCAAGAUGGGAUCGUGUCUAAAAGGUUCAGAAUGUACCUUUUCACAUGACCUCAAACUUGACCCUUGCAAAUUCUUUAAUGGCCCUGCUGGUUGCACCAACAAAGAUUGUCCUUACGGUCAUUUCUAUAGUCAAGAAUUACAACAACAGCUACUACAACAACAACAACAAAAUCAACAAAAUCAACAACAAAGUCAGCAACAACAAGAUAACAGCUUAAAUGAUAAUUAUUAUAGUAAUUUAGGUAGUGAAGAUACUGUUAGUAAUUUAAUGGAUUUUAGUAAUAAUACUAAAUCUAUAAAUAACAAUAACAAUAGCAUUACAAAUAAUAAUAACUCUAUUAUGAAUAGUAAUAUGAUAGGUAUGACUAAUAAUAAUAAUAAUUUCAAUAACUUUAAUACCAAUAACUUUAAUAACAAUAAUAACUACAACAAUGGUCUAUUUAAUAACUUUGGUAAUCAACUUCAAAAUAACAAUAAUAAUCAAUAUAUGAAUAACAAUCAAAAUAAUAGAAUGACAAAUACAAUCAAUCAGUUUGGUAUAGAUCCAAGAAGAGGUAAAUCAACAAAUGCUAAUCAACAACAGAAUCGACAAGCAUUCUCAAAUUUCAAUCAACAAGCACAACAACAAACGAUGAACCAGCAACACUCUCCAAUCCUUCAAGGACAACAACAACAAAUAAUAAGUCCUACAUCAAUGGUUUCGCAAAAUCAACAACAACAACAACAACAACAACAACAAAUCAAUCCAAUCUAUAAGAGAAUAUAA